GCAACAUAUAUUUUUUUUUAUUUUAGAGAUGGAUAAAAUUAACAUAUCUUAUUGUAUAAAAAUCUGUUUGUGAAUGUCUAAAUGAAAAUGUAUUUAAUAAUAAGUAAUAUAACAAAAUAUAUACACCAGAUGUUUUUUUAUAUUUAUUAUUUUAUUGUAUAUAAUAAAUAAAGUUUGGCUAAUUAACUUGUAUUUACGCUUUGAGGUUUUUCAAAAUAGAUAUUAUAUUAAUAAUAUUAUAAAAAAUUUAUGGAAUGAAUCUGAACAAUUGUAAUGAUUAUAACGAUGAUGAUAGACCUAAAACUCCAGUAGCUGAAGAUUGUUGUGGCAGUGGAUGUAUACCAUGUGUCUUCGAUGUUCAUAAAGCAUUAUUAAAAGAAUGGGAAAGUAAAAAAACACAAAAUGUAAAAAUUGAAACAAGUAACAAUUUAUUAUCUCCUUUGUCUUAUAAAGUAUUUAUUAUCACUGAUAUAUUUGAAACCUCAGAGGAUUAUUUUUUGAUUCACUUAAAAUACACAGAGUGCAAAAUAGAAAAUGUUAGUUUGCAUCUGGAACCUGGGCAACAUGUUAUCCUAUAUUCUUGGUAUAAAUCUCGUCCAUAUACGCCAAUUUCUUGGACAUGCAAUGGUUUAGUUUUAUUGGUGAAAUUGUAUAAGCAGGGUGAAUUUAGUUCGCAUCUAACAAAUGCAUCAAUUGGUAGCGCAAUUAAUAUUAGAGGCCCAUAUGGGGAUUUCAAAUAUAAAAGUAACAGUUUUCGACAGAUCGUUAUGUUUAGUAUCGGUUCGGGAAUAGCAGCACUUUAUCCCAUUGCGAGAUCGAUCGUUGACGACGAAACGGAAUUGACGAGGAUACAUCUUGUCGCAGGAUUUCAAUCAAUGACACAUGUGCCUUUGAAAAAAGAAUUAAGACAUUUAACAGAUUAUUGGAAUUUUAAAUGCACAUUACAGUUAUCCCAAUUAAAUGAUAAAACAAAAAAUCUUCAUGGUUUUAAUAUCAAAGCAAGUCGUUUAAACAAAUCACUUGUUGCUGAUUAUCUCCAAUGUAAUGAUACAGAGACAACAUUAAUUUUGAUAUGUGGAACUUUAGAAUUUAAUCAUUCUAUGAAAGAAUGGCUCCAGGAAAUGAAUUAUGCACACACAUAUAUAUUUGAAUAAAGAUAUAAAUGCUUUAGGAAAAUU